AUGGCAGGGGUAGACGAUGCGCUGUUGACGCAGGCAAAAGACUUUAAGUACUACGACGACUACGUGACUUCUCAGUUGCCAAUUUGGGCGAAGCAGGAGCUGACCCCCAACGAGGGGCAGCAAGCGUUAGUGUGGGCUAAGAAGGACCUCUCAUUGGACGACAUAUUGGUGCGAUUAAACCUCAACACGCUUCCGGUGGCAGCACGUCCACACGAUGUGAACUUCAAGUACUACGAAGAGUUCGUGGGCGGUCUGAUGAAAACGUGGAUGAAGAAAGGGACCCCUCUGGACGAGGUUAUGGCCAAGUUAAAGCUGGACCAAUUGACUGGAGAAGCUCUCGUGUCUCACCGAAACUACAAGUACUACAAGAACCAUGUCAAGAACUACUUGAAAGAAUGGGCCCUCUACGAUGUGACUGUGAGCGAUGUAGCAGCGAUGCUGGGGCUUGAGAACAAGUUUGGAGAGGUGCUCAAAGCCCAACCGAAUUACGUCUUUUUAAAGAAAUAUCGGGAAACGUCUCUCAAGUAUGAAGAGGAAGGGAUGCUCCGGGAAGGCAUCACAUCGUUUCAGGUGUGGAAAGAGCUGGAGGUAUUCCGAGUCAAGCCGACCAUACGCAAACGUUCGGGAACCUACCAGUCCUACAAGCGCUAUGUCAACCUCAUGGACGACUACAUUAUCGACAUGAAAGAAAGUGGAUUCAAGUACGACGAGCUGCCAAGAAUGACCAGUAAGGACGCCACUCCAGACGAGCUGCAUGAAAAGACGCUUAUCUGGAGCAGCCAGAGAAGACCGGAGUGGUACGUCAAGUUUUCCUUGGGGUUGGAUGAUUUGACAGAGGAUGCGCUGAAAGCAGCCCCCAACUACCGAUACUACGAGUAUUAUCUAGAAGCAAUGAAGAGAGUGACGAGCACUACGUAA